AUGCAUCUGCUUUAUGCCUUCCUUGCUUUGCUCUCUCUUACCUCUGGUUUCCAUCCUAACUGUCCUGGGAGAUGUAGCUGCGAUUCAGUGCACUCGGUACAAUGCUACAGGCUAACAGAGGUACCGUCAGGCCUUCCUUCCACCACCAAGAAGCUCUACAUUAGCCACAGCAAAAUUCAACACCUCCAGCUGUCUAGCUUCACCCGAAUGUUGGCUCUAGAAGAUUUUAUUCUGCUGGCCAGUGGAACAGAGUCAGUAGAAAAUGACACUUUCAAAACUCUGAGUACCUUGAAGACCUUGGAACUCUGGAAAAAUAAGUUAAGACGAGUCCCCAGGGUUCUGCCAGCCAGUCUUGAAGUGUUAAAACUAAAUGAGAAUUCAAUAAAUGUCCUACACGGAUCUGAUUUUGAAGGACUGAAGAAAUUAAAAAUCCUUGAACUUAAAAACAAUCUGAUCUCUUCUCUCUCUCCCAGCACACUCUCUUCUUUGAUCAGUUUGCAGAGUUUGAUGUUGGAUGGCAACAUUAUCGAAUCUGUAGCUGGACCACUGGUACUUCCCCACCUGAAAAGUAUGAGCCUGGAGAAUAAUAAACUGCAUCUUAUACCAUCUAGCUUCUUUGCUUCUCUUCAGGCUUUGCAAUUUCUCAGUGUCAGUGGUAAUUUUCUGACUAAAAUUCCUAUUAAUCUGCCCAAAUCCUUGCUCUCUUUAAAAAUGGAGAGAAACCAGCUCAAAGUGGUAAGGUUUCGAGACAUGAGACACUUGGAGAAUCUUUCCCACCUUUAUCUGUCAGAAAACUCACUCUCCUCCAUUGAUGGGGCACAGAUCCUUGCCAAUUUAACUACUCUUGAGUUGUCCCAAAACCAGGUUCAAACGUUGCCCCUUAAACUACCAGCAAGGCUACAAAAACUAGAUAUUAGCAAUAAUCUGAUUCAGAGAGUUACAGCCCAAGACUUCCAGGACCUCCGAGACUUGAAACACUUGUUUCUGGACAACAACAUUGUCAGCUUGUUCGAAGCUGGAGCCCUGCAGAUGUGUUCCCAGCUCUCCAACCUGGCCCUGGAACAGAACCUGCUGUUGUCUAUACCUCUAAGGCUUCCAGGGACCUUAGCCAGGCUGGACCUCAAAGGCAAUGCCAUCCAGGAUAUUACUGAGAGGGACCUCAAGGAUCUGAAGCAGCUUCAGGUUCUAAACCUUAGGAAUAACAAGAUUUCUGCCUUAGACCUCAAAGCCUUGGAGGGGUUGCCUCGCCUCAGACACCUGUAUCUGGAUGGAAAUCCGUGGAAUUGUACCUGUAGUCUCAUAAGAGCGAGGGAGAUCCUGAAGGCCAAGGGCACAGAUGUGAAGGGGGGACAAUGUGCUGCACCAGCUGAACGACAAGGGGAAAGCUGGAUGUCCUCCAAAAAGAUCAUGAGACAAUGUGAGCAUCAACUACAUCUAACCGAGAAAAACAAAGAAACCAAAAAGAAAUCAAAACCAGAAGAGCACUCCAGCAUCAGAAUCAACAUGGAUGAUGAUUAUUAUGAUUAUGAAAUAGAUUAA